AAUGCUAAAAAGUGAUGCUCGUUUCCCUUUUCAGAUUUUAGAGGUAUCCUCUCGGUAUGGACUUCAUACCUUGAAGUACAACCGUCACCAUUCUCCUGAGCUCCCACUUCACGCAACAUUAGUUGGAUUCAGAGAUGGAUCCGUGCCCAGAAAUGGUCCAAGAUAGAGAUGGUGGUGCGCAAAAGCCUGAGUUCUUCAAAGUCUUGAUGCAUGGUUUUGAGGAGGAGCUGCGCAUUCCACCUGCAUUUAUUAAGUACAUUAUCGAUCUUAGAGGCAAAAGAGCUACACUAAUUAGUCCCCUCGGCAAGUCAUGGAGUGUCCGCAUUCAUGGCCACAACCGAAACAUGUGCUUCAGAGAGGGUUGGCCAGAAUUUGCCCGAGCCCAUGACUUAAAGAUGGGUUUCUUCAUGGUGUUCAGCUAUGAAGGUGGUGGGACUUUCAGCUUCCGGGUUUUUGAUACGAAUGCAAGCCUGAAAAACUAUGGUCCCAUUGGUGUGCAGACUGUCGGACAUGAGGACAUCAACCAAGAUUUGAACUCCAAGAAUGAUUCAGAAGAUAUGAUUCAAAGGCCAGAAAUGCAAGUUAGCAUAAGACAGAUGAGAAUGAAGGAUGGAGGAGAAAUGUCAACUGAAAGAAAGUGUAGCUAUUGCAGUAGGAGGAAAUCUUUUGAGGCCAUCAUAAAAGAUCAGAACCUUAGUAAGAAUUACAUGAAUAUUCCUGCCUCAUUCAGAGAAUCCAAUCACAUAGCAACAAAUCAAGAAGUGAUUCUUGAGGAUGUGGAAGGCAGGUCAUGGCGUGUCAGAAUAUGCAACAGGGGCACAAAGGGUGUACACUUGGCACAAGGAUGGCAAGAAUUUUGUGCCGAUACUGGAUUGGAAGAAGGCGAUAAGUGUAUCUUUGAGCUUGCAUCCAUGAAGGACAACAAAAUGCUCGUUAGGAUAUUCAAACGGUCCUCUGGAAUGGAACAGAGGUGCAGCCGCUGCAUGAAUUGGGAAGAGCAUUGUUACUGGGAUCAUUUUGAGAAAACAAGGAUCCAUUUUCUCAAGGUUAUGGAUGGUGAUUUCUCUCAUCGCAUGACUAUCCCAAAGAAGUUUGUGAAGAAUUUCAAAGAAGAAUUGUCUCAAAAUAUUCAACUGAAAGGUCCUAGUGGCAAUCUAUGGCAUGUCAGACUGUCAAAUGAUGCAGAAGAUAUGAUUUUUGACGAUGGAUGGAAGCAGUUUGUUGAAGAUCACUAUAUUAAAGAAGAUGAUCAUUUGGUUUUCAAAUACAAUGGCAACUUAUGCUUCAGUGUACUGAUUUUUGAUCAGAAUGGUUGUGAGAAAGAAGCAUGUUACUUUGUAAAGGAUCCCAAGGAUAAAGCUAAUGAAUCAUGCCAAUCAGGGAAAGAGAUUAUGGAUGAUUCCUUGGAAAUUAUCCAUGAAUUCUUACCUCCCAAAGCUCAUAGUCCUUGCUCUUCAAAAAUAUUCUGUAAUGACAGAAAACAAAUGCGACGUCUAUCGGCUCCUCGCAAGCUUCCUCAGGUCAAUGAUGAUAUCUCUGACAACAUUCUGAGUGUCAAAUCAACUAAUCCCAAGAGAAAAAUCAGAGAUGACAACUUUUCCAGUGAUUCAGUGAAUGAAAAUGAACAAAUUGUGAAGUCCACUAAAGUCAAAAAGCAACGUACUAAGAAAGAAUUCCAACUUAUUUUGAGGAGAUUGGUGACGGAGGAAGGAAAAGCUCAAGCACAGCUGAAAGCUAGAUCAUUUCAACCAACCCACCCUUUCUUCCGAAAACUUAUGAAGCCAACCCAUGUACGCAAAAAAUUUUUUCUGACCAUUCCAAAUUGCUUUGCAGCUGAGCAUCUUCCUCGUGAAAAUCAAAAAAUUGCUCUUCGCCUCCCACACGGGAAGAAAAUAUGGAGUAUGAGUUAUUUACAUUAUGUUGGUUACUCGGGGCUUGGCAAACAAUGGAAACAGUUUGCAUUGGACAACAACUUGGAAGAAGGAGAUGUCUGCGUUUUUGAGCUAACUGGAGAGCUGGUCAUGGAUGUUCACAUCUUCCGGGCUGUCAAUGACACCACCCUGCCCAGCAGGGUAUCUAACUAACAAGGAAAUAGAAGGGAUUCGAAGACUAGUUGAUAGAAACUUGUCUUUUUCAUUUGUCUCUAUGGUGAUAUGGUCAGUCUGGAUGAUGCCUAUGGAUUAUAUUUGGUGCUUUUUGAGACAAUAUGUAGAACCUAUGCUUGUACUAAAGACUCAUGGUGUGAGAUGUAUGUCAAACCAUGGGUUGUAUUAUAGACAUGCUUCUUUUAUAUAUAUUGACUCUUUCUUGAUGUGGA